AGGUCCGCAAUUUGAAUCCACCAACUACUCUUUGGAAACUCUGUGGGACAGUUCUACUCUGUUCGAUGGGGUCGCUUUGAGUUGGAAUCGACUUGACAGCAAUGGGUUGGGUUUACAGGUUUUCAUUCACUUGACUAAAUGAAGACUAAAUUAAAAUCCAAAUGUAAUUUGGAUUAGUGCCAUUUAAUAAAUUUAGGCAUAUGAAUUUGAGAUAACAGAAAAUGGAAUCCCUCUUGGAAUGUACAGCUGGAAUUUAAUAAGUUUAUGAUCUGAGUUGGGUAGUAGGCACACUUUGUUUCGGUACCCUGUAUCUCUUGAGUAAUCGUCACUGAAGUGAUGAACUUUCAACCCUAGGUUUUCAACACCAGCUGCCUUGUUGUAUAUACACAUGUGUGUCUUUCAGAGGAGCUCUUUCUAACUACCCUACAAAUUUCUCCCUUCCCCCAGGGGGCUGAUGAUAUCCUCAAGUUGAGAAACACUGCGGUAUAUGUCCAUGCUACAUAGUCACUUCUCGGAUGCGAUAGGCUUAAAUUAGAUUACACUGGAGAAUCAGAAAUUUAAAUUGCUCGAUCAAGAGACAUGGGGUGCUUGGGUCGGUGCACAGAAGAGAUUAAAGUGCUUUUGCUCUUCAUGGAGUGAAUAAAUGUAUGUAAAAAAAUACUUGUUUGACAUCUUACAGUAAUAAAAUUCUUUAAAUCUUAGAGCUGACACAGAUUGGAGCUUUGGGGAGCUAGCACUUGGUUUGGUGUAAAAUCAGUCAAAAAGAGAAAAAAUGAUCUUAAUCACUUAAGAGGAGUGAUUUAUAUAUAUUAUGGCAUAAAUGUCUUAUUUAGUAGGAAAAUAUCUAGAAAGGAAAUGGGCUGGUACUGUAAGUCUCUAAAAAACCAAGUGAUCUUGCCAGUGGCCAUGGCAAGACUUUGUCACCUUUUUGAUUUUCCCAGGGUGACUGAUGAGUCAGUCCCCAAAUCACGCCAUUUUCAGAAUGGACAUGGAAAGCUGUAAUAGACAUUGCAUCACUGGAAAAAAAGUCCCUUCCAUCAGUUGGAAACGACUUCCUGAGCAAUAAAAAUAUUGGGAAUAAUCGUGUAGGUAUGUUUUACAUAAUUUUUUUUUUUUUUAAGGACACUCCUAUUUUCCAGAUUGGCUGUAUUAUUUUAUAUUCCUACCAACAAUGUUUGAGGAAUCUAGUUUCUCUACAUCCUUGCCGUUAUUUGAUAUUGUCAAGAUUUUUUUGUUUAGCUGUUCUAAUAUGCAUGUAGUAGUAGUACCUUAUUGUGGUUUUAGUUUGCAUUUCCCUAAUGGCUGAUGAUGUUGAAAAUAUUUUCGUGUACUUAUAAUUGCCAUCUGUUAUCCUCCUUGAUGAAAUGUCUGUUUAUAUCUUUUAGCAAUUUUCUAGAUGGAUUUUUAUUUUUACUGUUUUGAGUUUUGAGAGUUCUUUAUAUAAUCUAGAUAUGAUUCCUUCAUCAAAUAUGUGCUUUGCAAAUAUUGUCUUUGAGUUUGUAGCUUGUGUCUUCAUCCUCUUAACAGAGCCUUUUUUAAGAGCAAAAAUUUUUAGUUUUGAUGAUAUUCAGUUUAUUGAUUUUUUUUUUUUUUUGAUACAUGUGCUUUUACUGUCAUGUCUAAGAACUCUCUACCAUGUCUACUCUAGAUCUGUUUUCUUCUUAAUUUUUGUUUAAGAUACGAGUUUUAGGUUGAGGUUUAAUUUUUUUUUUUUUUUGCUGAUGGGUGUCCAGUUGUCUUGGCACCAUUUGUUGACAAGGUUAUCAUUACUUACUUUAAUUGCUUUUGUACCUUUGCCAAAACAUAGUUGGCCAUACUUGUGUGGGUCCAUUUCUAGGGUGUGCGUUCUGUUCUGUUAGUCUGGUUAUCUGUCUCUCCACAAUAACACGUUGUCUAGAUUACGGUAAAUCUUGAAGUCACUUAGAGUGAUUCCUCCGACUUUCAAAUUUAUUUUAGCUACUGUAGUAUCUUUAAGGAGUCCUGGUGGUGCAGUGGUUCUUGGCUGCUAACCAAAAGGUGUGGUUCUAACCCACCAGCAACACUGUGGGAGAAAGAUGUGGCAAUCUGCUUGCGUAAAGAUUACAGCUUUGGAAACCCUAUGGGGGCAGUUCUACUCUUUCCCUCCUAUAGGGUCGCUGUGAGAAUUGACUUGAUGGCAAAUGAGUAGUAUUUUUGCUGUUUCAUAUACCUUUUUGAAUAAGCCUGUAUAUUUCUAAAAAAAGAGAAAACUUUCCGGGAUUUUGAUAGGAGUUGCGUUAACCAGUAGAAGAAUUUGGGGAGAAUUUGCAUCUUUACUAUGCUGAGUCUUAGCAAAGAAGGACAUUGGUAUGUAGUUUCCUCUUUUUGUGCAGACUUCUUCUGGUUUUGGUAACGAUCAUGUUGGCCUCGUAAAAUAAGUUGGGAACUGUUCCUUCUCUUCUUUUCUGGAGGAGAUUAUGUGGAAGUACUAUUAAUUCUUUACACAUUUGAUAGCAUUCUCUGGUGAAACCAUUUGAGCCUAGAAAUGUCCUCUCUGGGAAUUUUUAAACUAUGAAUUUAGUUUCUUUAGUAGUUACAAUACUAUUCAAAUUAAAUAUUUCAGAUUGUAUGAGUUUUGGUAGUUAGUACUCUUCCAGGAAUGGCCUAUUUCAGUCAAGUUAUCAAAUGUAUGUGUGUGGAGUUGUUCAGUUAUCCAUUUAUUGUGCUUUUUAUUUCUGUGGGGCUGGAAGUGGUAUCCCCUCUUUCAUUUCUGAUAUUUGGAGUUUGUGCCUUCUCUCUGAAUUAUUUUAAAAUCAGUCUUGCUAGAGAUUUGUCAAUGUUAUUCAUUGAUUUAAAGAACAAGCCUUUUAUCAUUGAUUUUUAUCUGUGGUUUCCUAGUUUUUAUUUCAUUGAUUUCUGUUCUUUGUUAUUUCUUUACUUCUACUAUCUUUGGGUUUAUUUUGUUCUUUUUAUGGUUAGAUUAUUGAUUUGAAACUUUUUCUCAUAUCUGAUAUAAGCAUUUAGUGCUAUAAAUUUUCCUCUCAACAGUGCUUUAGCUGUGCCCCAUAAAUUUUAAUGUUAUAUUUCCAUUUUUAUUCAGUUUAAUUUUUUUUUAAUUUCUCUUUGAUGAUGGAUUAUUUAGAAGCGUGAUGUUUCAUUUCCAAGUGUUUGGUGAUUUUUCUUUUACCUUUCUGGCAUUGAUUUGUAAUUUUUUUUUCCGUUGUGGUCAGAGAGCCCAUAGUAUAUGAUUUUAGUUAUCUUAAAUUUGUUGAGUUUUGUUUUGCUUUCUGGCAAAGGAUAUGGUCUAUUUUGGUGAAUGUUCUGUGGGCUCUUGAAAACAAUUCUGUUUAGUGGAGUGUUCGAUAAAUGUCAACUAGAUCCUGUUGCUUGAUGAUAUUAUUGAUAUCCUUACACCAAUAGAAAGGCCAUAUAACCAGCUAGGGCUAACAGUCUCUUCUCCAUUAACCUGAUACCACUGAGUUUUGGGGGAGACAAAGGAAACCUUGGACUGUACACUGACUGAGUUUGUCAAAAGACCUAUUGUGAGCCAGGCUGGGUGAAAAUAAGGUCAUGAUGUUAGCAUCUCCCGCACUUUGAAACUUGCUUUGGUGUGGACUCAUGUAGCCCUAACCUAUUUUAACUCCUUCAGACAUUUAAGAAAUUGCAUGGGGCAAAAUGAAAGAUUACAAAAAUUUUGUGGAAAAAAAAACUAAGAAAUAUGGUAUGAUUAUUUUAUGAAUGUCAUUUUAUCUUCAAAGUUUCUUGCAUAAGUGAAAGAUAAGUACCAGCAUUGUUCUAGACCUUCACCACAAUCCUGGCUGGUAGCUUGUGCUGUUGUUUGGAAAAUAAGAAAAAUGCAGAUCCAGGUCAGCCAAAUUCAUUAUGAAGUUCAAGCCCACAGAUAGGGAGGCUAGAGAGAGGAUAAGCCUAGAAAUUGAAGAUGUAGGUCCAAAACUCUCGCUAUCUUUAACCUCAAGCCAUGCCCUCAACAUCCAGUUUCCUACGUCUUUGUCUGAAAAAAAAAAAAAAAAAAAGGAGUUUUAUGGAUCAAUGGUUCUUACCUGGGGGUCAGAGUGAAGUCAUUUCAGCAGCAUUUCUACUCCCUCAAAUCCAGUGUGCCAUUGUCUUUGUGUGUGUGACUGUGGUAAUUAUAGUCACUGGGUGAGGUUUGUAAUUUUUAUCUGUAUAUACUGUAGAGGCAAGGUUAUUGGAGGCAACAGUUCAUAUAAAGUGUUGCAACAGCAUUGCAUGUUGAUUACAACUAAUGGGAAUAGGUAAGGAAAAUAUUGAAUAAGGAUCAAACAUCUUGCUUACUUUGCUGGCUUAGUGUCUGUUUAGCAAAGUGUAAAAUGUGACAACUCUUUAAAGUAUUUUGACACAUGAUGAACAGUAAGACUUUAUGUAGGAGAAACAGUUUUAAUUAUUAUUCUUCUUCUUACUUCUAAGUAUUGAAAAGAUUAUACUAUUUCACGAUGUUGAUUUUAUAAAAUAAACCACAUUGAUAUCAUGAAUUAAUUUAAAUAACGCGUGAGCAAAUAAAAAAAAAUGCAUCUUACAAAUUAUCAACCCCUUCAUUUCAUGUGAUUACCAUUCUUUCCUCAGGGAACCACAUUUUCCAUACACGACCCAUUGCCCUCUGACAUACAGACCCAGUGAGUGUGUUGUUGUUGCUCUAGUAUAUCACAUUUUAGUACAGCUUACUGUCAUAUAUUUUAAGACUAAAAUAUAAGCAAAUCCUUGUAUUUUCUUCCAAUUUUACAUAAAUCUCACUAGGGUAACCUCCUAACUAAGAACCAAACACUAUAAAUACAUUAUCUUUUACCAUUACUGGAAAAUACGCUAUUUCCAUUUUACUAGUGUGGAAAACAACAGCUCUGAAAAAUUACUUAAUAUGCCUGCAUCUCACAGAGUAAUUAGUGCUACCUGUUGUAACGAACAGCCUUGAAUACCAGUGGUUUCACGUAAUACAUAUUUCUUCUUGGACAUGCCUGGUUGGGUGACUCUCCUGGGCAACUCUCCUCCUAGUGGCUGCUUAAGAAUCAAGUCACCUUCCAUGCUGUGGCUCUGUCAUCUUCUAAUAUGUGGUUUCAGCUUGUUCUGGUGUCAUUCAGCCAAUAGAUAGGGAUAUGAGAGAGCAAUUCGGCCUCAGAACAGAAGUGACAUAUCACUAAUGCUUACAUUCCAUGGGCAAGAGCUAGUCACAAGGCUGUACCUACAAUUAAAGGGGCUGGGAAAGUAGGAACUGUGCCUGCAGAGAAGAAAUAGGCUAGGUGACUAGAACCAGUCUCUACCACAAUUCCAAAGCACACACUGUUAAGAGCAGGAUCUGGCUUUUAGUCAUGGCCUCUCUGACUUUAAUACCCAUGCUUUUCUCUUUACACUACUUUUUGCAGGGCAAAAAGCCUACAAAAGGACUAGCCAGCUCUUCCUGCUUCACUUUGUAUGGUGGGCUUAUGAUGAAACCAGGAUCUGGUCCUCACCUUUGUUUAUUCAUAAACUUUACUUUUUGUCAGCUCACAAAGAGUUGUUUAAUAGUAUGUUUACAAAUAUGAUUUGUUAGAAAUGACAUUUUAAUACUCUACAUUUUAAAACACUCCAAGGGAUCUUAAAAGCUUGCAAGCAGCCAUCCAAGGCACAACAAUUGGUCUCUGUUCACCUGGAGCAACAGAGGAAGAAGGAGAGUCAGGAAUAGGAGGAGGUAACGGGUUGUGUGGCUAAUUGUCUCCAUGAACAGCUGCCUCUUUUGCCAUGAGACCAAAUAACUGGAUGAUGCCUGGCUACCGUUCCUGAGCAUUUUGAUCAAAGAUCCUAUAGAAGAAUCCUGAUCAAAAGAGGGAAAAUGCAGAAUGUAAUUUCAAAUUCUCAUGGAAUCCAGACAUUCUGGAGCAGUGGAGGAUAGAUGAACCCCCAAAACUAUUGCCCUGAGAAAACCUUUAAUCAGACCAAUAAGCAACAUUAUGAUAAACAGAGGAAAGACUGAAGUUGUCAAGGAUUUCAUUUUACUUGGCUUCACAACCAAUGCCCAUAGAAGCAGCAGCCAAAGCAAAUGAUGUAUUGCCUUGGGCAAAGCUGCUGCAAAAGACCUCUUUAAAGUGUUAAAAAGCAAAGAUGUCACUUUGAGGACUAAGGUGCGCGUGACACAAGCCACGAUAUUUUCAAUUGCCUCAUAUGCAUACAAAAGCUGGACAAUGAAUAAGGAAGAUCAAAGAAGAAUUAACGCCUUUGAAUUAUGAUAUUGGCAAAGAAUAUCGAAUAUACCAUGGACUGCUAGAAGAAUGAAUAGAUUUGUCUUGGAAGAAGUACAGCCAGAAUGCUCCUUAGUAGAAAGGAAGGCAAGACUUUGUCUCAUGUACUUUGGACAUCUUAUCUGGAGGGACCAGUCCCUGGAGAAGGACAUCGUGCUUGGUAAAGUAGAGGGCAAACAGAAAAGAGGAACACCCUCAAUGGGAUGGAUUGAGACAGUGACUACAACAGUGGACUCAAACACAGCAACAAUUGUGAGGAUGGCGGAGGACCAGGCAGAGUUUCAUUCUGUUGUACACAGGGUCACUUUGAGUCGGAACCAACUCAUCACCUAACAAGAACAACAACAACUCAGAUCACUUCACUGAUAUGGUGUAACAUAGAUAAGUCCUUAACGGGAUUCCUAAUUUCAAUGCAUUUCUUAAUCACUUCUUAGAGACUUAGUGCAUAAUUAUAUCUUUAUUAAAGUUUACUUUUAUAAAGAAUUUGGUACAAGUAUGUGUUUAAUAAAGCAUUUAACUUGGAAAGAGAGGAUCGUGGUUCCAGUCUUGACCCUGCAGCUUAUUAUCUGUGUGGCCAUGGACAUCAACCACUGAGUCUCAAUUUCCUACAGUAAAACAAUGACAAGAGCCAAAAAAAAAAAAAAAAAAAAGUCCUUCACUUUUUCUCAUCUUCUUCUAUAUUUGACAAACAUGUACCAUGCUUUGUGAAUAUGUACCAUGCUUUGUGCUAGGGUCAAGAUAAAUUGUGGCCUCUGCCCUCAGGGAGAUCAUACCAUAAUAGGAUGAACAGACAAGCAAACUAUUAUAAAUGAGAAAAGUACUGAGUGCUCAGAAGACAGAGAAAGAUACUCUUCCUAGGGUAGAAUUCUAACUGAAGGCUUUUUGCUGUUUACUGCUGACAACUGACCCUGACUCAUGGCAAUCCCAAGCACAAUGAAAUCAAAUACUGUCCAGUCCUGAGCCAUCAAGAUUGAACUGUUGUGAUUCAUAAGGUUUUCAUUGGCUGCUUUUCUGAAGCAGAUCACCAGUCCUUUUUCCCUAGUCCCUCUUACUCUGGAAGUUCUGCUGAGGCCUGUUCAGCAUUAUAGCAACAUGCAAGCCUCCACUGAUGGAUGAAUGGUGGCUGUGCUUAAGGUGCACUGGCCAGGAACUGAACUGAGUCUCCCACAUAGAAGGUGAGAAUUCUACCGCUGAACCACCAAAGACUCCACAAGUAAAAGUUAAGAAACACUUUUCAAAGGUGAGCUGAAUCGAGAAGAACCAGUAGGAAUUAUUACAUAAAUUAGGAGUGGAAGUGCAUUAGAGAUAGAAGGAGCAGAGAGUGCAAAGGCCUGUUGAAUGAGAAGACUUAAUGUUUGUUUAUUUAUUUUUGGUAGAGUAUUAAAAAACCCGAUGCUGUCGAGUUGAUUCUGACAGUAGAGCUGCCGCAUUGGGUUUCUAAGGAGCAGCUGGUGAAUUUGAACUGCUGACCUUGUGGUUAGCAGCCAAACUCUUAAACACUGUGCCACCAGAGGGUAUUAGUAAGGGAUAUUGGACAGUAGGAAGAGUAUAAGUUUAGCGUUUGUGGGGAUUCAUGAAGAUCAUCAAGAGAUUCCAUUCUUUAAUAACUUAAAAAUUUUAAAUGGGGGAAUUACAUGGUGUUAUGAAUUAAAUUGUGUCCCCCAAAAAUGUGUGUCAACUUGACUAGGCUAUGAUUCACUGUAUUAUGCAGUUGUCCACCAUUUUAUGAUCUGAUGUGAUUAUUUUAUGUGUUAUAAAUCCUAACCUCUAUGAUGUUAAUGAGGCAGGAUUAGAUGUGGUUAUGUUAAUGAGUCAGGACUCAGUCUACAGGAUUAUGUUGUAUCUUGAGUCAAUCUCUUUUGAGAUAUAAAAGAGAGACUUGAGCAGAGAGGGAGGGACCUCAUACCACCAAAAAAGAAGAGCCAGGAGUGGAGUGUAUCCUUUGGACUCAGGGUCCCUGUCUGAGAAGCUCCUAGACCACAGGAAGACUGAUGACAUGGACCUUCUCCAGAGUUGACAGAGACAGAAAGCCUUCUCCUGGAGCUGGUGCCCUCAAUUCUGACUUCCAGGAUCCUGAACUGUGAGAGAAAAAUUUGCUAAAGUCAUCAACUUGUGGUAUUUCUGUUAUAAACAGCACUAGAAUAACUAAGACAAAUGGUAAGACUUCUUUCUGGAACAAACAUUCUGGUAGCAAUGUGAAAGAUUAGAGGGUGGGUGAGGCUGAGGAAUGGAAGACAGGAGACUCUUGCAGAAAUCCAGGCCAAAAAAAACAAACUCAGACAGUGGAAAAGAGGAAGAAAAAAAAAAAAAAGAUUAAGAGAGAUUAAGGUGGUAUAAGCCCUGUGCUUGAUGUCAUUUAACGGGGGGUGGGGGUAGGCCUGAAAAGAACGACAGGCAUCUAGGGCAGUUCCCAGCUUUCUAAUUAAGUGGAUGUGGUACUCCUAAUUUGAAACUCGCAGACCCUUCGGGAGGCAGGUAGCUAUUUGGAAAAUCAUAGCCGAAGAGUGUUUAAUUAGUAUAAAUCUGUAAGGAAUUAUUUAAUGGCAUAUGUUAAAACUGUUCAUUUCACUGUUAUCAGUGAGGUAGGUGAAGGUACAGAAAGUUUUUUUUUCCCCCUUAAAUCAAUUUGUUGUUUACCAAAUCUCAAUAACAUAGCCAACCAGUAAGGUAUAUAUCAGAAUUUUGAAUCAAGAUUAUUAUUAUCAUUUUUUGUUUGUGAAGGAGGUAUUGGAAAGUACAAAUUCAAAUUGUUUUCAAGAUAAUUUUCAAUGUUUUAGCUGAAGAGGGCUGAAAUAAACAAGAUUAAAUUUUGAAACAAAUGUACAAUUCACUACAGAUUGUUACAAGUAUAGGUUAAUAGAAAUCUAGAUUAUUAUUAAUAAUAUAUAAUAAUGUGAUAAUUAACAUUUAUGUCAUGUUUUUGAUUUUAAGAAGUAUAUUUUCUUUCUUGAACUUCUCAACUACUCUGUGAGAUAGGUAUUUUUACAUAUAAAAUAUUUAUAUCUACAUUUAUAUUUUACAUAUAAAUAAACUGGGAUUUAGAGAAGUUAAUUUUUUACUUAGUAUACGGAAAAAUUUUCUGAUAUUCGGAGCUGUUAAGAAUAGAAUGAGCUACCUGUUGGCAGGUCCUCAGCAAUACAAAAGCGUAGAGCUGGACGACCACUUGCUAGAGAUGUUCUGCUGUGGGAAAUGGCUUCAGUAGUUGCGAAUGUGAGCCAAAUGGUUUUCCGUGUGUGUGUUCGAGGAUUAGAGAAUCAUGGAGUAUGAAACUUGACAAAGACCCGGAGCUAAUCUAGUCCAAUUUAUUCAUUUUACAAGUGAGAAGAUGAAGCUCAGCUAGGUCAACAUGCCAAACUUGACCCAGGCUAUGGACCCUGACUGCAGGUCAGUGACCUUUAAACUACACUAAAUGAUUCUAUGAGAAUCUUGGGAAAAGGAAGAAAAGGGGAAGAAAGGAGUGGGGCCAAGUGGCUGGCAAAAUGUCCCAAAUCAGCACACUAUUCUCCAUGGGGAGCAUGGGUGUUCUUUGCCAGAAUAAGUAAUUGGCAAGUUGGGUAUUUCUUUUAUGGUCAACAACAUUUACUGAUCUUUUACUAUUUGUAGGAAACAGAAUAUAAAGAGGUGUGAGAUACUAUUACCAGUUGCCUUUGACUAUGACACAUCAUGACUGCAGGUGUGUCAGAGUGGAACUGUGCUCCAUAGGGUUUUCAAAUGGUGAUUUUUCAGAAGUAGAUUACAAGGACUUUCUUCCAAGGCAUGUCUGGGUGGACUUGAGCCUCCAACUUUUUGGUUAGCAGCCAAGCUCUUUAACUGUUUGCACCCCCAGGGACUCUGGACCUUAUACUAAAAUCUCUCAAAAACAAUAUGUGGUAGGCAGAAUAAUGGAUCUCCAAAGGUGUCCAGUCCCUAAUCCUUGGAAUCUGUGAAUAUGUUACUUUACAUGGCAACAGGGACUUUGCAGAUGUGACUAAGGUUACAGAAUUUGAGCUAGAGAGAUUAUCCUGGAUUAUAACUGGGCUUAAUCUAAUCACACAAAUCCUUAAAAGCAGAGAAACUUUCCCAGCUGUGGCCAGCGGGAGAAAGACUUUGGUUGGUUGAAUCCGCAGAUGCAGAACCCGCGGAUAUGAAGAGCCGACUGUAGUGGAGGUAUUUCUCUAAAAACUGUACUAGACAUCUGGUUGCAUUGCUUUGGAACUGUUGUAAGAAGGAUUCGACCCACUGUUGCUGGUAUUAAAGAUGGAGAAAACAGAAUUGUGAAUCAAAAAAUGUGGAUGGCCUCCAGAAGCUGGAAAAGGCAAGGAAAUGGAUUCUCCUCUAUGGCCUCCAGAAAGAAACACAGCCCUGCCAACACCUUGAUUUUAGCCCAGUCACACCCAUGUUGGAUUUCUGGCCUAUAAAAUUGUAAGACAAUAGACUUGUGUUGUUUAAGCCACCAAGUUUGUGAUAAUUUGCUACUAUGGAAGCAAUAGAAAACUAAUGCACGAUGUAAAAAGAAAAAACAUAUAUUUGGGAAAUUCAGUACCCAUAAUCCAGAUUCUCUAGGGCAUACCAACCUGGGGAUAGAGUCCCACGGACAGUAAUAACUCAGGUUCCCAUGGGUUGGUUGCAGAAUCUGUGAUCUUUCUUAAAAGACUUCUUCCCAAGCUAUCCCUGGGAGACCUUAUAAAUGUUCCAUCAACUCAGUGCCCAGCUACUACAUAGAGUCUAGGAUUUUCUUACUCUGGUUUAGGUUCCCUCUGGUGAUGUCUAAUCUUCUCUCUUUGGUUGAGAAGCCCCAUUGAGGUGUCUGGUAUUAUUGCAGAGACUACUGAUAACUCUACACCACAGCUGCCAUCAAAGUUGCAUUGUUCGUUUGUGCCAGUGCAAGCGGUCCAGGUAAGCCACAGGAGCCUGUGACACUAUCUUCUACUUAUGGCCACUGCUGCCCUCCUGUGGUGAAGUUGGGAUGUGUUUCAUAUAAACUUGAAAUAAUCCAUCUGCCUUGCUUGUGUUAAAUUCCUUUCCAACAGUUCCAAAGCAAUGCAACCGGGUGUCUAGUACAGUUUUUAGAGAAAUACCUCCACUACAGUUGGCCCUUCAUAUCCACGGGUUCUGCAUCUGCGGAUUCAACCAACCAAAGAUCGAAAAUAUUCGGAAAAAAGAUUUUUUGCAAAGAGUAAAACUUGAAUUUGCCACUAGCCAAGCGCUAAGCCAAAUCCAAGGGAAUGCAGUGAUGUGUAGGCGUACCCUGCUGUGGCCUCCCGUCAUCUCACAGAUCCUCAGUCUUUCUCCAGUGCUCGUUGUUGGAGCACUGUUCGUUCCUUCACUACUUGUAUUGUGUGCACCCUUUGUUUCUGUGAAAAAUGGCUCCUAGAAAGCAAAGGAGUGGUCAAAGCAGUCCCUGAAAGACGAAGUGUGAGGGGCUGAGGAGAAGGAGAAGAAGGAGCUGAAGGCUAGUAAGGGCUGGCUGGCUAGCUCUGGAAAGAGCUACAGCCUCAAGAACCUAAAGAUCACGGGAAAAUCUGCAUGGACUCAUGGCCAGGCAGAAUCAGCAUCCCCAGGAGAGCUCAAGAAACUCAGAGAAGAGAAAGGCUGCCUUCCAGAGCAAGUCUUCAAUUGUGAUGAAACAACUACCUGCAUAGCAUUUACUUUUUUUUUUUUAUUAUUAUAAGUAAUCUAGGGGUGAUUUAAAAUAUAGGGGAGGAUGUGCAUAGGUUAUAUGCAAAUACUGUGCCAUUUUGUAUAAGGUUCUUGAGCAUCCACAAAUUUUGGUGCCCACGGGGGUCCUGGAACCAAUCCCCCUCAGAUACCAAGGAAUGACUGUGGUUGUACCUACACUCUCCUCUGCCUAGGACUCGGUUAUAAGUCACCAGCCCAGAGCUAAAGGACACAAAGAGUCCAACACAUACCAAAACCCAAACUAUUCUUAGUUAUUGGGCAAAGCCUUCAAACUCUGUUCUUUUCCUUACAAUGUAAUUUCCCAAGGGAGAUGCCAUGCCUAAUGGAAAUAGAUUCCAGAAGCCCAGCAGACUUCAGACUUCAAGCGGGAAUCUGUCAUCACAACCGCAGAAGCAUACAAGUGAGUGCACUAAGUAACACGCAAAUGGAGGGCAUUGCUAUAGAAUCUAGAGGCGAGCAGGAUCUGGUAGUUAAAAUUCCUGUGCAAUAAACUGGAGAACGAUGUGAGCCCCAGUGUGUAUUUUAGUGGGACUUCCUACCGUUUAGUACUUAACAUGGGCAGAGCAGAUAAUGGGCACUCAAUAAACGUGUAUGGAAUUAAUAGCAAGGCAGAAAUAACCAUGUGGCAGGUAUGCUGGGACUGAAGCACUGCUGAAGUUGAGUCAGAGAGCCAGAAAUCUGAGACGGAAGUAGUAAUUGAAAUUGUAAGGGGAUGAACACAUGGAGAGAAAAGAGAAAUGAUAAAUAUCGGGCCACCUUAUUCAUGAAUAUAUGUGUGGGACUAGCCACAGAUACAUACCUCCUGUUUAUAUCUGCUAUUUUAACCAGAACUCUCUGUAUGGCAUGUCCUCAGGUGGUUUUAUGUCAGGACAUUACUAUUUCCACUGUUUUCUCUAUCUCAGGAAAAAAAAUAUAUAUAUAAAAUUGGAAUUGCUCAAUAACAUUGGAGGGCAAUUUUUUGUUUCUGCCUCUUUGUUAUAUUUUCCUUUUCAAAAUUCCCGGUCCUAGAGACUGAAAUUUCUAUUGAUAUAAUGGUUCCUUAACAAUAGCCAGAUUUUAAAAACAAAAUCAUGUGCAUUACCUUUAUUGACAGACUAACAAGUAUCUAGUAAUAUGCUAGGGUGCCAUGGGAAUUAAAAAGAUGAGUAAGUCACAGGCUCUUCCCUUAAGGAGAUUGUGGUGCCUACAGAGGUAGAGUGGGAGAUUAAAUAAUAUAAAAAAGCUCAUCUAAAUUCCUUUGGCUUUUACUCAUCAGUUUUAACACAAAAAUGAAACUUCAUUCUGUUUUAAAAGAGCUCUGAAGGAAAUGAAUAUUUCAAUGAAGGACACCAUAAGGACUGAAGUACCUCAAUCUCUAAAUACUCCAUAUUACAUUGCAGCGAAUUUCCUUCUGUCCUAGUGAAUUCCAGUUUCUGUUUGGUAUGCUAUCAAGGCUGAACAAACUGGUCACCUAUUCAAGUAAUAUAUGACCUAUAAUUCUUUAUCAGAACUUGUAUAGAUAUGAAUAUCUAAUUGGAAUUCUUCCAGCUAUGCAUUUUCUUGAAUGUUUCCUAUAAUUGUAAAUUCCACGAGGAAUUUACAAGAAGUAAAUAACUUCUUUAUUUACUACUAUGUCCCCACAGGAGACAAGCACAAAAUGGGUAUUUAAAAAACAUACGGUAAAUGAAUUGACGAUUAAUUACCUACUCCUGGGGUUUUCAUUUCCAUUUAUUCCUUCUAAGUUCUCCAUGUAGCAACGCUUGUACACCCAGCAAACGGAUGGGGUGGACAAUGUCCCUGUGGCGACUAGUGACCCUGAAGUUCUAAACCAUUUUAAGCGCCAAUGACGGGAGCUGCCAUGGGAUGGGACACGAGGUGGCGCUGUUGCCGUUUAUCGCAGCUUUCCAUUUUCACCUGGACUGGAGUCUCCUUUAUACUGGACCACCUAGCAAUCACUAGGGCAGGAAAUUAGUAUCUAGAUCAGUUCUAAGUCCAGCUUUUAUAGUUUCAGCAGAGGUUGCCCAACGGCUGGUGCUGCGAGUCCCGGAAACCCCGGUGCCCUUAGAGUUCCCUUGGUGGGGAGCCCGCCCAAACUCCAUCCUUUAAUGGCAGCCACGCCCCAUAGUGGGAGGCGGGACUGAAAAGCAUUUCCUUGAGGCUGGCACACCUUGCCCUACCCAAACCGCUCGUUUAUUUCCGCCCCCCCCCCUCCCGGCCGGUUCCAUCCGAAACCAGAGUGACCGGAGGAGGGACACGGCAGUGAACACGGAGUUUGGGGGUAUGAAGGAUGGAAGGGGGACAGUAGUGAUGGAGCUAGGGUUGGACAUGGAAGCUGGAGAAGAAAAACGGGGAAGGCUGGGAGUGGGGCGGCUGUAAUCAGCUCUUUGUAUUUUGCGUGAACAAAGAGUAGUCACCAGGUGAAUUAACCUGUAUUUCUUUGGAACAAACAUCUUGAGGUUUUUGGCAUCUGUGCAGUUUGGCAAGGGAGCAGCAGUAAGCAAACCCAUGAUGAGGUGCUUCCAUUAUUCCCUGAGAGACAAGGAGAAAUGAGGUAGAACAACGCAGGGAAAAGGAGUUACAAGACUACACAGUCUUUAGUAUGUGUGGCUUUGGGCUCACUGGCUCUCGGUUUCGGCUUCCCCAUUUGUACAGCAGAAAUAAUAAUGUAAUUACCUCAUAGGGUUGUUGUGAUAUUUAAAUGAGAUAAUAUGUGUGACCAGGCUUUAAAAACUGUGGUGAUAUCCUGUUCCUUGAUGGGAAUUUUUGCUUUCUUCCUAAUCUGUCUUCCCUUUUCCAAUCUUUCUUUUCUCACUAUUAAGCCUUCAACUUCAUCCCCAUUUUGUCUCUUUUCUUUGCCUUUCAUUUCCCAGGUCAUCUUCUGUGGUUGUUGCCUCCUCUGUAAUGAAUUCUAUCCGGAUCUGACUUUCUCAUACAUUUCAGACCAAGCUUUCUUCCCACUACCUAGUGUUAGCCAUCAGGGUGGAAAUAAAGGAAGUGAGCUUCUGCAACAUACAGUGCCUGAAAGCAGAGCUUUGUAAAAAGUGCUGCUGGCCUGAUUUAUCCUCCUCAGGGCACCGGAAUUUCCACUGACAGCCACAUAAGGGGGUCAUCCAGACCUUUUAAUGAGUUAUCAUGAAAUAUUUGCUCAAUGGCAAUCUUACGCUUCUUCAGUGCCUCCACUACCAGGUAUCUCGUUAUGUACCCACUUGAAGUUAGUCGAGCAUUACAUCUAUUUCAGUUGUCUUCUGGAGAAGUUUUGUUUUCCCACCACCUCACAUCCAGCCCCGCAAGCAUGUGCUCCAGACUUCUACCGGGAGCUAUGUGAUUCUGCAGCUCUGUUUUGUUUUAACCUGAAUGUAUUAAUUUGCCUUUGCUAGUGUGACAAAUUAUCACAAAUUUAGUGGCUUAAAACAACACAAAUUUAUUAUUUUACAAUUCCGUAGUUAGAAGUUGGGAAUGGGUCCCCUGGGGCUAAAACCAGGUGUUAGCAGGGCUUCUUUCCUUUCUGGAGGCUGUAGGGGAGAAUCUGUUCACAGAUGAAGAGGAAUUUUGCCCCAGGAUGGAAUAUGCCUAAAGGCUCACCCGUAUAUGAUUUAAAUGAUACAGAAAUGAGAUUUUGGAGUUGGAGUUGAUUUUAAGACUUUUGGGAUAAUGUGAUGGGGUGAAUGUGUUUUUCAAGUGACAAGUACAUGAAUUUUUGGGGGCCAAAUGGAGCCCUGGUGGUGCAGUAGUUAAGAGCUACAGGUACAAACCAAAAAGGUUGGCAGUUCGAAUCUACCAGCUGCUCCUUGGAAAUGCUAUGGGGCAAUUCAGUUCUAGCCUAUAGGGUUGCUAUGGGUUGGAAUUGGCUCAAUAGUAACAAGUUUUUUUUAUUGUUUGUUUUUUCUUUUUUUGGUAAAAGGUAGAAUGUUAGGGAUUGGCUUGUGUCCCCCCAAAGUAUGUGUCAGCUCGGCUAGGCCACGAUUUACGGUAUUGUGUGGUUGUCCUCCAUUUCGUGAUCUGAUAUAAUUAUGCUCCAUUUUGUGAUGUGUUGUAAAUCCUAACCCAUACCUGUAGUUAUAAUCCCAUUUGUGAAUGGGUUGGUUGUUAUAUUAAUGAGGCAUGAUUAGUUUAUGUUUGUUAUGUUAAUGAGGUAGGAUUAGGGUGUAUCUUGAGUCAAUCUAUUUUUUAAUAUAAAAGAUAUUGAACAAGCAAGCUAAGUAGUACAAAUGGGAGAAGAGAGAUGCCAAGCCAGAUGAAGAUCAUCUAAGAGCAGAAGCUCAGAAGAGACAAGGACCUUCCUUCAGAGCUGACAGAGAAAACCUUCUCCUAGAGCUGGCACCCUGAAUUUAGACUUCUAGCUUCCUAAACUCUGAGAUACUUGGAGUUGAUUUAAGACUUUUGGGAUAAUAUGAUGAGGUGAAUGUGUUUUACACGUGGCAAGGACAUGAAUUUUUGGAGGCCAAAGGGUGGAGUGUCAUGUGUUGAAUUGAGUCCCCCCAAAUUUGUGUCAACUUGGCUAGGCCAUGGUUCCCAGUAUUGUGUGGUUGUUUCUCCAUUUUACGAUCUGAUGUUAUUACGUGUUGUAAAUCCUAGCCUCUAUGCCUGUGAUUAUGGUCCCAUUUGGAAGUGAGUUCUCCAUUACGUUAAUGAGGCAUGACUGGGUUAUGUUAAUGAGGAUAAGGAUGGGAGGUACCACCCUUGCUUGAGUCAUAUCUUUUAUCUUACAAGAGAUAAAAGGAGAGAGCAGUGAGCAAAGAGAGGAAGGACCGCCUACCACCAAGAAAGAAGAGUCAGAAGAGGAGUACAUCCUUUGGAUUCAGGGUCCCUGUGCUGAGAACCUCCUAGACUCAGGGGAAGAUUGAUGCCAAGACACAUGGGGAUCUCAAAGGAAUGUGGGGCUCUCAGAUGUUGAAAGGAGACAAGGACCUUCCAUCAGAGCAGAGAGAGAAAGAAGGCCUUCCCUUGGAGCUGGCGCCCUAAAUUUGAACUUUUAGCCUCCUAAAUUGUGAGAGAAUAAAUUUCUGUUUAUUAAAGCCAUCCACUUGUGGUAUUUCUGUUGUAGCAGCACUAGAUAACUAAGAAAUAAUUUGGUCCCUACAAGAGAUGAAAGCAGAGAGAAGAAAGCACAGAGAGAGGGACCUGAAUACCACCAAGAAAGAAGAGCCAGGCCAGGAGCAGAGUAUAUCCCUGCACCCCCUAUACCUGGGGGAAGAUUGAUGCCAAGACAUACGUAGAUUUCCAAGGAAUGCAGGGUCCACAGAUGUUGAAAGGAGGCAAGAACCUUCCCUCAGAGCUGACAAAGAGAGAAAGUCUUCCCCUAGAACUGGCACCCUGAACUCAGAUUUCUAGGCUCCUUAUCUGUGAGAGAAUAAAUUUCUGUUUGUUAAAGCCAUCCACUUGUGUUAUUCUGCUUCCUUUUCCAGCUUCUAGAGAUCGCCUGGAUUCCUUGGCUCAUGGCUCCCUUCCAUCUUCAAACCCAGCAAUGAAUCACUCAACCCUUGGGAAUUACUCACAGCUGUGCCCUGUGUAUUCUCUGCGGGUCUAGCACAGCAGUAGGCGGCCCUGUGGCAACGGGAGAUGAGAGAAGGAUGGCACGGAGGCUACUGGAAUGCAGUCUCAGUGACAAGCUGUGUGUUGUCCAGCAGAAGCAGUAUGAGGUUAUCAUCGUCCCCACCCUACUGGUUGGGGCCUUCCUCAUCCUUCUCGGGGUCAUCCUGUGGCUUUUUAUCAGAGAACAAAGAUCCCAACAACAGACUUCUGGACUCCACGGCAUUAGCCCCAUGCCUUCAACUAGGGACCCCAGCUGUGAAGCAGCAGGAUUUGGAGGAAAUGUGUUUGGGCAACUUGAGACCUCAGUGGAAAGCCUUCUACGAGCCACCACACCUGCCUUGGCUAAGUUGCAGGUGCCCCGGGAGCAUCUCUCUGAAGUUCUGGAGCAGAUCCACAAUGGUAGUUAUGGAGCCAUCUAUCGAGCCAAGAUGCACACUGGGGACCCUGCGAAAUCCAAGAGUGUUGUAAUCAAGGCUCUAAGAGAACCAGCUAGACUCCAGGAGAUACAGGAUUUCUUAGGGCGAAUCAAAUUCUAUCAGUACCUGGGGAAGCACAAGAACCUGGUACAGCUGGAAGGCUGCUGCACGGAAAGGCUGCCGCUCUACAUGGUGUUGGAAUAUGUGGCCCAGGGGGACCUGCUCAGCUUUCUCUGGACCUGUCGCCGGGAUGUGAUGACCAUGGAUGGUCUUCUCUACGAUCUCACAGAAAAACAAGUAUAUCACAUUGGGAAGCAAGUCCUUUUGGCUCUGGAAUUUCUCCAGGAUAAACGACUAUUCCAUGGGGAUGUGGCAGCCAGGAAUAUUCUGAUCCAGUGUGAUCUGACUGCCAAGCUCUGUGGACUGGGCCUGGCUUAUGAAGUCCAUGCCCAAGGGGCCAUCUCCUCUACUCAAACCAUACCUCUCAAGUGGCUUGCCCCAGAACGGCUUCUCCUGAGACCUGCUGGUAUUGGAGGAGAUAUCUGGUCCUUUGGGAUCCUCCUCUAUGAAAUGGUGACUUUAGGGGCUCCACCAUAUCCUGAAGUGCCUCCUACCAGCAUCCUACAGUACCUCCAAAGAAGGAACAUCAUGAAGAGACCCAGUAGCUGCACACACACCAUGUAUAACCUUAUGAAGUCCUGCUGGCGCUGGAGUGAAGACAGCCGCCCCUCACCUAGAGAUCUACGCUUGCGCCUAGAAGCUGCUGCUCGAACUGCAAAUGACAAGGCUGUGUUGCAAGUACCAGAGUUAGUGGUGCCUGAACUGUACGCAGAUGUGGCCGGCAUCAGCGUGGACAGCCUCCACUACAACUACACCAUCCUUUGAGGACCCUCCAGGCAAGAAACAUUUACGUGUGAUCAUAUCCUCUCGGAACCAAUUCCUCCAAGAACUGAUAAUGGACUUUCUAGGGGAGCGUGAAGGGAGAGAUGGGACAAGGUCUUCCCCUACAAAUUCCUCUAGAAACCUGAAAUGAUGUUGGCUCAGGCUCAACACACCAUAUCCUUGAAGCUGAGAAAUAUUUUUAAUCUCAUUUCUGCUGUCCCAAUUCUCAAGACUCCAUUAAAGACCCAAAAUAGAAGUGGUGAUAGAGGAGGUUUUGGAAAUCUGCAAUGUUGUUGGGGCAUGACACAAAUAAGCUGGUUUUCUCCCACCCCAGACUAGUGUCCUCCUGAAACAUGCUUUUAUCUAGACUAUUAUGAAGUCUAGAGCAAUUAGAAUCAAAUGACACAAUUGGAAGUCAAUAAGGAGUUGAAGAGAAAGGAAAUUAAAAGUUCUAUCUGCUUGGGAGUAUAGGUAUGGACCAAGUCCAUCCUUCAAAGAGACAAUGAAGGAAGGACAUAAAAUUCUCCACUCCUGGUCUCAUCACAUAGGAUGGGAGGAGAACAAUGGAGGAAAACUUUUGAGCUUCCCCUUGAGCACAGGUGAAAGUAAUCCCUUUCUUUCUGAGAAAGGUGAACUGUUGGUACUGCUUCUAACUGGAAGCUGGAGGAGUUGAUUUAUGAAUAAGAACAUUGGAUAUAUAUUGCUCAUCAGGCUAGCUUCUUAGUCCCUGUAAGACUAAGGAGAUUGAGCCUAGAAAGUCAAAGUUUAAUCAGUAAUGCAAAUGCUUUGUGUGUGUUUGUUUAAUAAACAGCAAACAUGGAAACCAAGCAAGAAAGCUUUAUCUCGAAAGGUUUUUCAUAAGGGCUAGAGAAGGAUGUAGUCUGAGAAAGAAGGGUUGUAUCUUCUAAUUUUGAGUCAUCCAUUUAAUGUGUUAUGAAACUUAUUUCAUUAAACUAAUAUUUAUUGAGUGACUAUAGACUUUUCUGGCAUACAGCUGCCUUAAUCUCUACAAUAGAGAUGAUAAAAGUAAAUUAAUAGAAGUUAAUGCCACUGGAAGAAUUCCAGAGACACUCUCCACUGUCAGAAAAGAGACUCUGCAUGUGUAAAAUGGAUAUAUUACUUACCUCACAGGGUUGUUGUGAGGAUAGAGAGUAUUUAUACAGCAUCUGGCACAUACGUGCUCAAUAAAUAUAAUUUUUCUUUCUUUGUCCCUUCCUGUUCCCGAACUUUUCAUAUAUUUUUCAUUUAAAAUCUAUUGGGUCUGAAAACCUCAGUCUGUCAGCUACAUUGCAAGGCAGGACAUUCCUGAAGAUAAUGGGAUGGUACAAGUACCACAUGAACAAAAUGAUGAUGUCAUCCUUUUUAUGUGAGCUUCUGGAUGGUGAUAGUAGUCUUCUACUCCUUCAAAGUAUUGAAAAUAUUGUAGUGAUGGCAAUUCGGUUGAUCGUGGUGAUCUGUGCUUCUAAAGAAUACUCUGCGUAGCCUGGGAGUGACAUCUAAGAUGGCUAUAGGAAAGAUGCCUGGCAGUGGAAAAUUCUGUAGAAGUUGGAAUCCUGCUGGAGUCAUGACGAGUCAGCUAACUGAAUAAUGACACUUGCAGCUGUGGGGGUACCACAAGGACUUAAUGUCACAACGAUUUAAAAGGUGGCAAGUGGCAGAAGGAAAAAGGAGGGAGAGUGGCAUAGCACACGAUAAAGUCCUGCGGAAUCUCGUUGUUGGCUCUCAGCAGUUCAUUUAAAUCAAAUUCACAGAGCAUUUAUUUAUUCAAAUAUUCUUUUAAAAAUGUAUUAGUAGGGCCCACUGUACCAGACACUGUGAUGGGUGUUGGAUACAAGAAACAGAGCAGUUUUGAUUAUAGUUUAGAAGGUUAGAGAUACAUUAUAUAUUUACUUGUAUGGGUAUUUGUUAAUUAGCAGUUGUGGUAAGUGCUCUGAAAAAAGGGAUAAAUGAAGGGAGUAUGAGAUGGGGACCUUCCUGAAGAAGUGGCAUGUAAAAUGAAACCUUAGGGAUGAGUAAGGAAGCCAGAUAAAGAAAGGAGAACCGGGAGAAAAACUGUAUGUGUUAAAAACCUUUGGGCAAGAAAAAGCACAGUUGUUUGAGGAACUGCAAAGACGUAAGUGUGAGUUCAUGGGCAGGCGGCACAAGAUACAAUGGGGCACUGCUCUUUCAUACUGUCCGUUCAUAUUUAUUUUGGUAAUAGGGAAAGAAGCAGACACCUAUUAUUUUAAAGUUUUAUCCCUAGUUUUAUAGGUCUGGGAAACUGGAUACAGCAAUUGCUUACUCUAAGAAAAUGGUCUUUUCCUUAGGUGGCCAGGCUUUUUCCAAAAGGAAGAUUUUAUUUCUGGAAUUCUAAUUCUGGCGUCUUUGACCAGGCAGCCAAAUUAGGUAUUUCUUUUAUUGCUUUGAUAACCCCCUCAACUAAAAACAACAAAAAUAUUUUAUUGAUAAGAAAUUUCCAACAUCACCUGGAUACAGUGUCACACUGGGAACUUGACAAUAUCAUUUAACUUGGAAUCAUUUGAACCAGUAGUUUUCAAUCAGGCUCAGGCAGAGUACUAGUGAUUUUCAUGCUGGAUUUGGGUAUUUUGUUAAAACUGAAUUAUAAUGUUUUUUUUUAUCAUUUAAAAGAAAAAGUAAGUUAAUGGGUAGAAUUUUCUCAAUUGUAACCUUGCCGUAAUAAUUUUUCUUACAUUGUUGCUUUAUCAUAACUCAUUUUAACAAAUAAACAAGUAGCAAAGAUAAUGGUAAAUUGGGAAGAUAGCCUAUUAUGCUUAAUUUAACAGGCCGUUUUUGUUUUGGACAUAAGAGUUAGUGGUUAUGUAUGCGUUAGAAACAUAUAAUAUUGUCAUAUACUGGGAAAAAAUUCUUAAUUUGAAAAAUGGAAUUAAAUAUAUUAUCCUGUCAUGAAAAAGGACCUAGAAAUAGCUCCAAGUACUCACCAUGUAUGAACUUACCUGAAAAACAAUGGUGUGGAAAUUUUGGAAGUUCUCUUAUUAAAAAAUUAAUACCACUGAGUGGUUAAAAAAAUAUUCUGGUUAAAAUUCCACAAGGAAGUCUAUUGUAGAAAAGAGAAGAGAAAGGUAAGUGAUGGAAAAAGACUGAAAUAGACCAUGCCAUUCUGGCAUUACAAAUAAAAUAAAAAGAAACCACCUUAAAAUACUGCUUUAGACCAUAAAAUAUUCUUGGCUUAUUCCUCUGGUUCUUUAACUGAAGGAGACAAUUUUUGUACUUGCUUACAAGCAAGUGCAAAAUAAAAACUAUUAAAAAAUUACAGAUAAAGUAAACAAAUGAAAAUGAAAGGCUAUCACUUCUAGUGUUUAUUGUAGGAAAGUUAGAAGAUGUCUGAAGAUUGGAAGUAGGAAUGAUUUAGCGGUUGAGCGCUUUAACCACUCACUGUGCCACCAGGGCUUCCUCUUGAUAAUUUUAAAUAGAGGCAAAAAAAGGUGUGAAGACAAAGGGGAUAUGAAAGAGAGGUCAAAGGAAGAGAGAAUUUUAGCUGUAGGAAAAAUCAGUAGAACAUUUUAAAUAUUAAAUUAACUGGUAUAAGAACCAUCUCUGCCCGUAGCCUCCUGACUUGAUUAAUCACGAUGAAGCUGAAAGCAAUAAACUUUUAAAAACUUUCCUGGGGCAUCAUUAUUUUGUCAAUGAGUUUUGUGUAUUUGCUUGAAUCAUUGAGCCUCAAUUUCAAGUGAAGCUGACAAUAAAAUGUUUACUUUUUACCUAUGUCAGAGGGUACUUUGAAGCUGAGUACACAUAGGUUGUAUUAGCAAACGAGGUAAUGGUAGUCCAAAGAAAAGACUUCAUUUGGCUUCAUGAAAGCAGCCCAAACAUUUAUUUACGUAAAUAAACUGUGGUGAUAUUAGUAAUUGUGCCCUAAUUUGAAGCCUAUGGCAACUGAGAUUAACAUUCACAAAAUAUUUUUACUACUUCCAGCCCAAGUAAGAAUGUAUGAAAAGGGUCUUCUAUAACUGGAUUGUCCAGCAU